AUGGCCCACAGUAGUAUUUCCCCGUGGGGCGAGAACCCCGUGGGGGUAGGGCCCAAGGGGUUUUCCCCGUGGGGCCCCAGAAAAUGUUGGAGUAGGCCCCAGUGUAUUGGCCCCCCGGGAGAGAGAACCCCCUUUUUGGGCUAGGCCAAAAGUGUAUUGGGCCGUGGGAGGGGAACAGUGGGGACUAGGCCCACAGUGUAUUUUGGGCCCGUGGGGGGGAGAAAAGUUUGGGGAUAGGCCCCAGUUUGGAUUGCCAAAUGGAGGAGAACGUUGGAGACUGGGGCCCACGUAAAUAUUGACCAGUGGUGAGAGAAAAAGUUUUUGACUGCCUACAGUAUAUUUACCAGUGGGGGAGAGAACAGUUUGGGGACUGGCCUACAGUUGGAUUUACCGGGGAGGGGAAAAGUUUGGGGACUAGGCCCUACAUGUUUGAACCCGGGAGAGAGAACGUUGGGAAAGGCCUUUUCAGUAGGAUUGACCAGUGGAGAGAAGAACAGUUGGAGACUAGGCCUACAGUAGUAUUGACCUGUGGAGAGAGAACAGUUGGAGACUAGGCCUACAGUAGUAUUGGCCAGUGGAGAGAGAAUAGUUGGAGACUAGGCCUACAGUAGGAUUGACCAGUGGAGAGAGAACAGUUGGGAGGACUAGGCCUACGUAGUAUUGACAGUGGAGGAGAACAGUUGGAGACUAGUCCUACAGUAGUAUUGACCAGUGGAGAGAGAACAGUUGGAGACUAGGCCUACAGUAGUAUUGACCAGUGGUGUGGCACGCUAAGCUAGUUGUAGUGCAGAUAAUAACAAUAGGUGAAGAACAAUGGUCUUAUGUUAUGAGAAUAACAUACCAAAGACAAAAAACAAAACAUGAACUACAAAGUAUUGUCAAAACUUUUAACAACUAAGAAAGAAACCAAAGCCAGUGGUUAAGCUCUGUUUGGCUCAUUAUCCCUGUGGCCUGUAACCUAAGGCUUGGUGGGGGGCUAGAAGGUAAUGUGGCGUGACUCCACACACACACACGAGGCAGAGACACAUGGGGUCCUCUCUGGGAACACAUAGAGCCCUAUUUGGCAUGAGGCAGAGAGGGAGAGAGAGUGGUCUCUGUUGCUGUUUAGACUGACCUCUUCAUGCAUGAAGCUUGACGCCCCAUCUCCCACCCAUAGUCAGCACAGCAGACAGUCGUUAUAGGAUGCAGAUGACACUACGUAUGUGUGUGUGUGUGUCCGUGUGACAGUGCUGGAGGGGCUCUCUCUACCUGAGUACUCUGUGUUAUGAGUAGAGCCUAGAGCUCACACACACACACACACACACACACACACACACACACACACGCACUCAUGCAUAGUAUCCACUCAGAGCCUUCAGGCAGCUUAAACUACUGUCUGGGUUCACUUAGAUGUUCUCUAGUGCUUCACAUGUAGGAUCUUAAUUUAAGACAGUUUACUACAGCAGGAAAAUAAUCCUGCAACAACAGGAAAUUUGAAUUAUUAUGUGGAUUAUAAUUAAUGGAAUUAUUUUGUGGGGGUUGAUUCUGUUGAUUCCCUUUUGUGGGAAAAUCGAGUCUGAAAUGUUCAAAGUAGAAAUUACAAACUUCAGAAGCCUUUUUAAACCUCAAAUACGCUACAAGUUUUAAAUGUCCUGCAACAGGGUGAUCAAAUGAAGAUCCUACAUCUGUACAUCCCUAUUAGAUGGAUGCUAAAACGUUCAAAUCUACACUAGCACAGACUGAUUUAACCCUGCCUAUAAUCUAUAAUCUCCCCCCGAUCUGGAAUCCAUUUCCCCUUCCCAUCAGUUCUGUCUGUAGGGAGUCAACAAGUGGGCCGUACCAUGUGGUGACUGGAGGGGGGGGAUCGUGUUCAGACACCACAGAAAGACUCAAGUAUAUAAACAUACAUAUUGAAAUGAAACCAAUUUCAAAGAAUACACUCAUACACACAUUAAAAUACUUACCUAUAGGUAAGAUAUACAAAACCUUGCAGAGAGCAUAUUCAACUGACAGUCUCUUAAAAAAUAUAUAAACUAUUGGAACCAAGACUUAAAAAGAACUGAUGUUGGCAAAAGAUAGAGGGAAUGUUGGAGCAUAAUUUUACAGUUAACGAAAAUGUACGCUUAAUCCAGUAUAAAUUAAUGUAUAGAAUUUAUUAUACAAGAGACAAAAUUCACAAAUUCUACAGCACAACGGCAGAGUCAUGUCUUAAGUGUAAAACUAACACUGACUCAAUAAUCCAUGCCUUCUAGGAAUGCUAUAAAAUCCAAAAGUUAUGGGCAGAGCUAGAAAGUUGUCUGUCAGAAGUAUUACAAUGUAAACUUACUUUUAAUCCGUCUGUCUGCAUACAGUAUUUAAAGACAUGGCAUAUGGGGGUGUAGUGAGAUACCCAAUGGGCUGGACGAUUCUCUUCUCCUCGCUCAUCUUGAAAAAACGUAUACUAAAUACGUGGAAAUCCAUCAAUCAGUCAUCAUUAACACAAUGGAAAAAUCCAUCACAGCCAGUGGGUUGUGAUGGAUAGUCAGUCUACCUCCUCCUCUCUACCCUCUCUGGCCUUCUACCAAACACAUUCAUCACACUGGGAGCCCAGAAACCAAUGGCGGACCAGUGUGUGUGUGUGUGUGUGUUUCUGUGUGUGUGUGUGUGUGUUUCUGUGUGUGUGUGUUUCUGUGUGUUUCUGUGGGUGUGUUUUAUUGGAUGUUUAUGUGUCAGAAUCAUCUGCUCUUUGUGUCUCCUCUCAUAAUUAAUAUGUAUACCCACACUAACACAGCCAUAAGUCCUCCUACUGCUAGUGUGUGUGUUUUAGUUCAUAUAUUCCUCACCAUGUGCAUGGGGGUUUUAUUCCAAUGUAUUUCAUUUGUCUGAUUAAUACCGUUUGUACUGAUGCCACCCAAUGUUAAUAUAUCAUUAUCUGUGUGUGUCUGUGUGUGUGUGUGGCUGUGCGCACGUGUGAGUGCAUGUGCAUGCCUGUCUGUGUGUGAAAUUGAAUGUGCAAAUAUACUGAAUGUUGAUGUGCUAAUAAUUGUAUGUCAUGGAUAAUAUUAUGUGGCCCGGGGUGAACAUAUGAAUGAAUGGAGCGACAUCACCGUCCAACAGAAUUGGGUAACAUUCCUGUGAAUUUGUCUGUUGCUGCACCUGCGCUCAUGAUUUGUUGCUGUCUGUCCUUCCAGGUGAACAUGCCAGAGUUGGCGCUCCUCCGCUUCGUGGUAUUGGACGAUGACUACAUCGGAGACGACUUCAUUGGCCAGUACAGCGUGGCCUUCGAGUGCCUUCAACCGGGCUACCGUAACGUGCCCCUGCUGGGUCUGGCGGGAGACCCCUUGCCCCACGCCAGCCUAUUUGUCCAUGUAGCUGUGACCAACCGGCGAGGGGGGGGCAAGGCCCAGAGGAGGGGUCUGUCUGUGCGGAGAGGGGUGCGGCGGGGGCGAGAGUACGUGACCCUACGGAACACGGGGAUUAAAGCUCUGGAUGAUACGUUCCGCCCUGCUAGCACCCCUCUCAGGGAGGCCACGGAUCUGCGGGAGGAUGCACAGGUGAGAGGGGUCAGAGGUUAAUGAGAUUUCUCACACACUUGCUGUGUUGCGAAGAAGUCCCUCUUCUCCAUGUAGUAUGGACUUGCUCACUUCCCCUCAUGGAUUUACAAUAAUGUGAUUGGUGUAAUCAUGGGGCUAGAGGGAGUUUGAUUGGUGUAAUCAUGGGGCUACAGGGAGUUUGAUUGGUGUAAUCAUGGGGCUACAGGGAGUUUGAUUGGUGUAAUCAUGGGGCUACAGGGAGUUUCCACGAUAAAUCUGUCCCUUGUCUGUUCCUUUUUAACAAUGGAAAUCUAAUUAGCAUAAUACAAAAAAAUCCCCCCAAAAUCUGUCAGUUUCAGCUAGAGAUAUUAGUUUAUUGCAUGGGCUGCGUCUCAAUCCACUGCAUCCGCAGAUGUUGCCCAUCCGCAUCUGUGGUGAAAGGUGGCAGAACUAGAGCGGUGUUUGUCAGACCAUGAGAUAUCCCGAAUAUCUGUCUUCUCACAGAAACGUCUGUCCUAUUAUAACCCCUCUAACUCAUACGACCACGAUGGUGUCCUCAGUUUUGCUCUACGACCCCCACAAGCGUCAUGGGACUCAUCUGAAGUCGGUACAUCUGAUCUGUCAACUUCUGUCUGUAGCGCCUGAACAGUUUGGCCUACACACUAAUAUGACCCCUCUAUGGAAAGGCGAGUCUCUCACAAACACAUACGUCAGUUGUUUUGCUCUAGGACGCCCACAAGCCUCACAAGACUAGUCUGAAGGUAGCCGGGUACCAAUUUUUAAAAAAUGAAUGGAAAUAUAUAUGGAGAUAGUUUAGUGCCUAAAAUAAGGGGUUAAAUACAUCAACAAACAAAAAUAGUUUCCUGGUCUUUCUUAUAAAACUCUCAGAUAUAGGACAGACACUACAAAACCCUUCAGAUUUUUGGGGGACUAUCUGUUUAUCCAUGAAUGAAGGAAGCAGUUAUUCAAUGCGUUUCUAUGGGCCAAAUUCAUUGUUUCAUCAAAUUAUUUUUUUAUAUAUUUUUUUUAUACCUUUAGAGUCUAAGCGGGGGGGGACCCCUUAAGGCUUAAUAUAGAUCACCAAAUGCAUUUAACAUGUUAUUAAAAUUAACAAAUACAUUUGAAUACAUUUUCCUGCCCGAACAGAUAAGGAUUUGAAGACAGGCGCAGGAAUACGUAAUAGGGGUUUUAUUUUCUCCACCCAACACAAGGUACAUCAUGAACUACGACGGGGACGAAGCAAAAGAAAACACACACAUAUAUAUAUAUAUAUAUAUACAGUGGGGAAAAAAGUAUUUAGUCAGCCACCAAUUGUGCAAGUUCUCCCACUUAAAAAGAUGAGAGAGGCCUGUAAUUUUCAUCAUAGGUACACGUCAACUAUGACAGACAAAAUGAGAUUUUUUCUCUCCAGAAAAUCACAUUGUAGGAUUUUUAAUGACAGCCCCAAAACAUCACUGCUCUAGAGGAGAUCUGCAUGGAGGAAUGGGCCAAAAUACCAGCAACAGUGUGUGAAAACCUUGUGAAGACUUACAGAAAACAUUUUACCUGUGUCAUUGCCAACAAAGGGUAUAUAACAAAGUAUUGAGAAACUUUUGUUAUUGACCAAAUACUUAUUUUCCACCAUAAUUUGCAAAUAAAUUCAUUACAAAUCCUACAAUGUGAUUUUCUGGAUUUUUUUUCCUCAAUUUGUCUGUCAUAGUUGACGUGUACCUAUGAUGAAAAUUACAGGCCUCUCUCAUCUUUUUAAGUGGGAGAACUUGCACAAUUGGUGGCUGACUAAAUACUUUUUUUCCCCACUGUAUAUAUAUAUAACACAGGGAUGUAACCCAAACAAAAGAGCACAAUUUCUAAACAAUACACAGGACGAGACCCGUAAUACCAAGAGCACAGUACACAAUACUCACGAGACAAACAGACAUAGGACAAUAAUCAACAAGGACAAUGGGGAACAGAGGCCACAUAUAUAUACAUACUAAUCAGGGGGAAUGGGAACCAGGUGUGCGUAAUGAGACAAGACAGUCCGGCGUUGUUGGUAAUGAACCAGAUCAGUGACGCCUAGAAAGCCGGUGAUGUAGACCUCCGGAACUGGUGAAUGGAAUGAGCAGCAGUACCAGGGGGAUCCGUGACAGUUGUGUUGAACUAGGGCCUGUAAAGCAGGAGUCUUGGAGGAGUGAGAUUUGGGCUAGAAUAGAUUGCAUGACUGUGCUGAAAUCAGACACUACCUGUGAGUUCUCUGUUGGGUGACGUGAACAUUGUGAGAGAGACCGAGAAGGAGAGGAAGUAAGAGAGAGGGGAGUGAGAGCGAAAGAGGGGGAGGGAGGGAGGGAGGGAGGGAGGGAGAAAGUGAAAGAAAGAGAGAACCCCUUUUGGAACUUCUGAGUGUAAUGUUUACUGUUAAUAUUUAUUGUUUAUUUCACUUUUGUUUACUAUCUACAUCACUUGCUUUGGCAAUGUUACCAUACGUUUCUAAUGCCAAUAAAGCCAUUGAAUUGAAUUGAAAUUGAAUUGAGAGAGAGAGAGAGAGAGAGAGAGAGGAGGAGUAUACAGUAGUCUAUAAAUACCAGAGAAGAUAAGCCAUAGAUCUGGUCAGAGCACGGACCUGCUUAUCUCUAUUAAACACAAUCACUCUGCCACACACACAGGCUCGUACACUACGGCUGCACCAUAUGGCCAAAACAGUUAUUUGGAAUUUUUGCUCCAAAUAUUGAGAUUGCGAUUUGACUUGCGAUUUAGAUCAAAACACUUGGGUGAACUGUUGGAAUCGAGAAAUAACAUGAUUUAUAUUAAGAGGCAAAGUGGAAAGCAGCAUCGUUCUUGAUUGGAACAAUGUAUUGACUGCAUUUGACCGAACAGAACAUCAUGCAACCUUAUAGUGAAUUUAACAGCUAGGAGGAGGAACUGCGCUGCUUGAGUGACAGGGGGCGGGCCUUUGUGUGUGUGGAAGCAGCCACAAGAGGAGGGAAAGACUAAAUGCGGAGUAAACUAUAAAAAACGAUGUUACACGCGGCUGAGUGACGUUUUAAAAUAUUGCAUGCUUCUGCAAUAUGGAUAUUACAUAUGUCAAUAUUGUGAUUUCGAUGUGAAUUCGAUUCAUUGUGCAGCACUAACGCACGCACACACAGUUGAACACACAUGCCCACAUACUUCAAUCUGUCCUCUCUCUGUCUCUGUCUUUCUCUCUCUCUCUCUGUCUCUGUCUCUGUCUCUGUCUUUCUCUCUCUCUCUCUGUCUCUGUCUCUGUCUUUCUCUCUAUCUACCUCUCUCUCUCUCUCUCUCUCUCUCUCUCUCUCAAUUAAAUUUCAAUUUAAGGGCUUUAUUGGCAUCUCUCUCUCUCUCUCUCUCUCCUUCUCCCACAUCGCUCUCUGUCUUUCUCUCUCUCUCUGUCUGUCUCUGUCUUUCUCUCUCUCUAUCUCUCUCUCUCUCUCUCUGCCUUUCUCUCUCUCUGUCUGUCUGUCUCUGUCUUUCUCUCUCUCUCUCUCUCUCUCUCUCUCUCUCUCUCUCUCUCUCUCUCUCUCUCUCUCUCUCUCUCUCUCUCUCUCUCUCUCUCUCUCUCUCUCUGCCAUGUGUCCAGCUGUAUUCUCAUUUGCCACGGUCUGUUAUUAUUCAUAAUUUGUCCCCCCCCUGCCCACACACACACACACAAACACACAGCCCACCCCCCCCCCCCCCCCCCCCCCCAUCAUGACCAACCCACUCUGAUCUCAGGUGGGCUGUGAGUGCUGGUCCAGUUGUUUUGGCAGUGUGUCUGAUCUCCCAGUGUUUUGGCAGUGUGUCUGAUCUCCCAGUGUUUUGGCAGUGUGUCUGAUCUCCCAGUGUUUUGGCAGUGUGUCUGAUCUCCCAGUGGAGAGCUCUGAGCGAGCCCAGUAUGCUCCCUUCCAAACCCAUUAGCUAGUACAGUAGGUGUUUAGCAUGGAUGCUUUCAUGUCUACUCUCCUCAGUGACCCUAGCCUAGGGUUUAGGGUUUCAGUUCAGGUAUUAACACCUGACCCUUAUAUACCUAUAAUACCCUGCAUCUGGCUGUGUGAUUUGAUGUCAUCCCCCCCUCCCCCCUCCCCUCAAUCCCUCCCUCCCUCUCUCUCUCUCCAUCCAGAGUGCCAGUAUGACUUUCAAGGAGCAGUGUGGGCUCCCCCCAGUGGCCAAGCUGAAGCAGUGUAUCCAGAGCCUGGCCACGCGGCUUCAGACCCCAGAGGGCCCCCCGGGGGCCAGCAUGACCCUGAAGGACGGCUACCCCCACUUGGAGGCCCUAGGCAGCAUCACUGACACCACGCGCAAACUACUGAGCCACUAUGAUAUGGUAGGGAACGCAUAGAGAGGGAGAGGGAGGGAGAGGGUUCUACAGAAAUAGCUCUCCUUUAUUCACAAUUUUCUAGUCAGAUAGAUCUAUUAAGUACUCUCUAUGGUCUAUCAGUAAUAUCAUUUCCUCAUAUGUUCUUCCGGGACUGAUCCUGGACUCCAUCUCUCAGUAUAUUCAGUAAUGUCUAAAUCUGUCUGGCAUGUCUUCUCUCCCUCUAUUCUAUCGUCUCGUUUAGCUCAGUCGAUCUCUCGAUGACGCUAUACAUAUCUAUAUCUCUUGUCAUCUCUCACUCGCUCAAAACCCCUCUUCUCUCUCUCUCUCUAUUUUCGGCUCUUCUCUCUAUCUCCUCUCUCUCUCUCUACUCUCUCUCUCUCUCUCUUCUCUCUCUCUUCUCGUUCUCUCUCUCCUCUCCUCUCCCUAUCAUAUCAUAGUGCUCUCAGUGUAAUGAAUGUUAGUUGUCUGUCAGUCUCUCUCUCUGUAAAAAGAAAACAUGGCAUUUAGCAGAUACUUUUAUCCAAAGCAACUUACAGUCAUGCAUUAAGAGUUAAGAGUACAGUAAGCUCACGCCACAGCUAACUUGAAAUGUUGCCGAGGGUGCUAUCUAAUUUUGGAUAGCUCAAACAGUUGGUACGUUGUCAAGGAGUGCAGUCACGUGUGCUAGCAAGGCAGAGGUCCUGUGUUCAAGCCUCGGAGUGAGCCGAAGCGGUCCUCACUAAGCAAGCAGCGUGAAGUACAUAACACAUUAGGGCUGACCACUAUUAGCCGACUGGUUGAUUGUUUGGUCGUUAGGCUGUUGGUCGACCGAUAUUGUUUUAAUCGAGCAGUAACAAAUAUAUAUAGAUAGAGAGAUUUGCGGCCAUCUCAGUGAACUAAUCCAUUGCGGAGGCCUAGACUAAAAGCCAAUUUAUGCUUGAUCCGAAAAUGUGGUCGGAGGCUCCAUGCACUGUAAAAAGAAAAGGUUCCUGGAGUAUCCUUUAGGGGUUCUUCAAAUUGAAACUGUGGUGGAACCCCUAUAAGUUAUUCAAAGAACCCCUUUUAAUGGAACCUUGAAGAACCAUUUGAAUAACCUUUUGGGGUUAAUUUUUGAACGACCCCCCCCCCCCCCCCCCCCCCUCCCAUUAUUAUUAAUAAUACGCAUAACAAUAACACAAUAUUUUAGUUUUCAGUGUUUAUUAUGAUUUUAGUGGUCAAGCAGAAUAAAAAAAAUCUAAAUGAGGUAAACUCCCAGCAGAGCCCCAAGUCCAAUCGAUAUAUCCUCUGGCGUGUUUAUGUUCAUGUGUUGAUGUUCUCCGUAUCCAUAGCCAGAAUGAUUUUGCAGUGCAUGGUGAUCAAACAGGUUUCCUGUUAUAUUCAUCAGAGGUGGAAGGAGGGUGAAGUCUGUGAAUCCCCCAAAAACGAAUUAUACAGAUGAUUAACAAAACAUGCACAUGACAGAAUUCAUACCUUGGUUUUUGUGGUAAAUGUGAAUGAAAAAAACUGUUUUAUAAUGGUUUUCAUACACAUACCUUGUCCAUAAUGUAGAGGCCUAUGGGAUAUUCAUUGAAGAGGUAAGGGAAGAGGAUGGUAAAUGUGAUCUGCAUAACAUACCAAUACCAAUUGACACACCUUUGUAUGCCUCCUCGUUUGUAAACCUGCAGACACAGACACAAAAGUGAGCUGUUCAGUCAUCUGCAACCAAUACAGCUAGCCUUCAACAUAUUCUUAUAGCAUACAUAUUCUUACCUCUUUGUUGAUUGAUAUCCAUUGAAUUGUAUCCAUUUUCUGUUUUAGAAAGAUUUGCACAAAUAUGAAAAGCUGGAUGGUAUCAUCAUAAAACAAUAUCAAUUUAGAUCAUACAAGGGACAAACCUUACCUUAAAUUGAGGAGAUCUUUACAUUUUUCAGUUAAGUGGCUGCACCUGCUGCCCUUUCAAAUCCAAGUGUUUCAGUUGGGCAGUUAGGCUCCUGCAAGAACCCCCACCAACUAAGGAGGUUCCUCGAUGAACCCCAUCCUCCUAUGGGGUUCUUGGAAGAACCUUUUGGGGGACAUUUUCAGUGCCAAGAACUGAGGAUCUUAGAAGAACCCUUGUUGAACCCCUAAUUUUUAGAGUGUAUGGAGGGUGUGACGCAAUUGCGGAGCCUCCCGAGGCAUGCAGAGGCCAAAUCCAGCUCCGUACUGCAUCUCCAUGCACCUCCCAAAUGUUGUAACAAUGCGGAGGGCUCUGUAUACAGUAGCUCCGCAUUGACAUGAUUGGUUGACAGUAGGUGGGGGCGAUACAUCCUGUAUAAACACAAACUCACUUCCUUGACAACUUCCUUCACAACAGUUUUGCACUGCGCAAGAAGUAUGAAUGUCCUGAUUUUGGCCGAGGCCGUAUCACCGUAAAUGCUGCAUGGCCAAUGCAUACGUCGAUUGACCAUGCGCCCAGAUGCACAAUGCACUUCUUUCUCCAGAAUGCGCUCUCUCCCGCCAAUUUGUGCACAUUCAUUGUUUCAUAACUUCACUGUGUGAAUUGUUUGCAUUUGAUUGUUAUUGUAUAUCAAUUCUCCGUUACAUAUAUUACCAGUAGUACAUUUACCGUUAUUUCCUAUAAUUUCUAAUCUACAAUGUUUGUUACUACAAUGUUUGUUAAUAUUUUCUUCACCUCAAACAGCAAGCAAACAAAGUCUGUUUUUGCAACCAUUGAGAAUUACAAUAGUUCCUCAGUGUAUUUGAAAAACUCUUUCCAGCUCUCUCUCUUUCGAUAACCACUCAGCGUGAAAGGGGAAAAUGUCAUGGUCUGAUCCAGUGGAAACGUCAUAAAAUAGGCCUACCUGACUACUUCUUAUCACUGCUUGACUUGGACUGAAAUAGGUUCCGGUACUCAUUUUGGGUGCUGGUACUGUUUAUAUUUAGAUGCAGGAGCUCCACAAUACUUUUGAGCUAAUAUUAUUUUACCCCCUUUUUCUCCCCAAUUUCGUGAUAUCCAAUUGCGAUCCAAUUACGAUCUUGUCUCAUCGCUGCAACUCCCCAACGUGCUCAGGAGAGGCGAAGGUGGUAUUAUUUUAGUGGCAAAGCAGAAAUGAGGUAAACUCCCAACAGAGCCCCAAAUCCAAUCGAUAUAUCCUCUGGCGUGUUGAUGUUGAUGUUCUCCUUAUCUAUAGCCAGAAUGAUUUUUCAGUGCAUGGUGAUCGAAAAGGUUUCCUGUUAUAUUCAUCAGAGGUGUAGGGAGGGUGAAGUCUGAAUCCAAUCCAGAGGCUGAUCCAGUGUCUGUCUGUCUGUCCCUUCCAGAUGAUCUCAGCCCAGAAGCAGCUGAUUGAGAACGCAGACGCUGUGCAGGAGAGGAUUGCACAGGUUCAGAGAGAGGGUGAGAGGCGAGGAGAAGGAGGAGAUCGAUGGACAGAUGGAGAAAUAGAAAAUGAAUGUGUAACCAGCCACAGUAAUAACAAACCCUGGAUCCUGACUUCAGGAAGUCUAGCAAUGUGAUAAUAAUAACUUGUAUCUAUUAACUUAAGUGUUCUACUGAAGUGUGUUGAAGAGCUCCAUCUUGUGUGUUUUAUUGUGUACCCCUGUCAGAAGAGAUAUGCUGUAUCAAGUGCAUUGCCCUAUAUGGGAGAAAGUAAAUAGCUGGUUUUGAUUUACCAUACUAAUAAACAUAUACAGUGGGGAAAAAAAGUAUUUAGUCAAAUCAAAUCAAAUCAAAUUUUAUUGGUCACAUGCGCCGAAUACAACAGGUGCAGACAUUACAGUGAAAUGCUUACUUACAGCCCUUAACCAACAGUGCAUUUAUUUUAAACAAAAAAAGUAAGAAUAAAACAACAACAAAAAAAGUGUUGAGAAAAAAAGAGCAGAAGUAAAAUAAAGUGACAGUAGGGAGGCUAUAUAUACAGUAAAAUAAAGUGACAGUAGGGAGGCUAUAUAUACAGGGGGGUACCGUUGCAGAGUCAAUGUGCGGGGGCACCGGCUAGUUGAGGUAGUUGAGGUAAUAUGUACAUGUGGGUAGAGUUAAAGUGACUAUGCAUAAAUACUUAACAGAGUAGCAGCAGCGUAAAAAGGAUGGGGGCCACCAAUUGUGCAAGUUCUCCCACUUAAAAAGAUGAGAGAGGCCUGUAAUUUUCAUCAUAGGUACACGUCAACUAUGACAGACAAAAUGAGGAAAAAAAUUCCAGAAAAUCACAUUGUAGGAUUUUUAAUGAAUUUAUUGGCAUAUGAUGGUGGAAAAUAAGUAUUUGAUCAAUAACAAAAGUUUCUCAAUACUUUGUUAUAUACCCUUUGUUGGCAAUGACACAGGUCAAACGUUUUCUGUAAGUCUUCACAAGGUUUUCACACACUGUUGCUGGUAUUUUGGCCCAUUCCUCCAUGCAGAUCUCCUCUAGAGCAGUGAUGUUUUGGGGCUGUCGCUGGGCAACACAGACUUUCAACUCCCUCCAAAGAUUUUCUAUGGGGUUGAGAUCUGGAGACUGGCUAGGCCACUCCAGGACCUUGAAAUGCUUCUUAUGAAGCCACUCCUUCGUUGCCCGGGCGGUGUGUUUGGGAUCAUUGUCAUGCUGAAAGACCCAGCCACGUUUCAUCUUCAAUGCCCUUGCUGAUGGAAGGAGGGUUUCACUCAAAAUCUCACGAUACAUGGCCCCAUUCAUUCUUUCCUUUACACGGAUCAGUCGUCCUGGUCCCUUUGCAGAAAAACAGCCCCAAAGCAUGAUGUUUCCAACCCCAUGCUUCACAGUAGGUAUGGUGUUCUUUGGAUGCAACUCAGCAUUCUUUGUCCUCCAAACAUGACGAGUUGAGUUUUUACCAAAAAGUUAUAUUUUGGUUUCAUCUGACCAUAUGACAUUCUCCCAAUCCUCUUCUGGAUCAUCCAAAUGCACUUCAGACGGGCCUGGACAUGUACUGGCUUAAGCAGGGGGACACGUCUCGCACUGCAGGAUUUGAGUCCCUGGCGGCGUAGUGUGUUACUGAUGGUUGGCUUUGUUACUUUGGUCCCAGCUCUCUGCAGGUCAUUCACUAGGUCCCCCCGUGUGGUUCUGGGAUUUUUGCUCACCGUUCUUGUGAUCAUUUUGACCCCACGGGGUGAGAUCUUGCGUGGAGCCCCAGAUCGAGGGAGAUUAUCAGUGGUCUUGUAUGUCUUCCAUUUCCUAAUAAUUGCUCCCACAGUUGAUUUCUUCAAACCAAGCUGCUUACCUAUUGCAGAUUCAGUCUUCCCAGCCUGGUGCAGGUCUACAAUUUUGUUUUUGGUGUCCUUUGACAGCUCUUUGGUCUUGGCCAUUGUGAAGUUUGGAGUGUGACUGUUUGAGGUUGUGGACAGGUGUAUUUUAUACUGAUAACAAGUUCAAACAGGUGCCAUUAAUACAGGUAACGAGUGGAGGACAGAGGAGCCUCUGAAAGAAGAAGUUACAGGUCUGUGAGAGCCAGAAAUCUUGCUUGUUUGUAGGUGACCAAAUACUUAUUUUCCACCAUAAUUUGCAAAUAAAUUCAUUAAAAAUCCUACAAUGGGAUUUUCUGGAUUUUUUUUCCUCAAUUUGUCUGUCAUAGUUGACGUGUACCUAUGAUGAAAAUUACAGGCCUCUCUCAUCUUUUUAAGUGGGAGAACUUGCACAAUUGGUGGCUGACUAAAUACUUUUUUCCCCCACUGUACCUACCCCAGAUGUCGGUCUAGAACAUGAGCCUUAAAAGGAGAGAAACUACUCACAAAAGAGCUUGAGACAAAAGGAUAGCAAUGGAAAAAGUGAAUGUGUUUUAAUUCCCUGCUCAAGUGUGACAUUUAAAUUAGCUUAAUUAUAUAAUAACAUGUUUCAACUUUAAUGAUAUGGAUUGUCUUUCUGUUACCUACCGCUAGCCUCAGCUCUCACUGACACGUAAUUAUGUAUCUCUGUCUCAUUCUCUGUCCCUGUCUCGUCUCAGGAAUGGAGUUUCAUGAGGCGCUGCCUAGGCUGGGAGAGAAGGAAGGUCUGAAGGGACGCAAGCAGAGCAAAGCCCUGGAGAGUUUCACCUGGAACAUCACUGUACUCAAGGUACUCAUGGAGGCACAAUACAAUAAACUUUGUCACCAAGAGGAAGAUGUCUUGGACACAAUUAUGCUACUGUAUAUUAUAUAAACACCCACCCACACUCUCUCUCUCUCUCUCUCUCUCUCUCUGUCUCUGUCUCUGUCUCUGUCUUUGUCUCUGUCUCUCGCUCUCUACCCCGCUCUCUCCCUCGCUCUCUCUCCCCAUCUCUCUCCCUCCCUCCAUCUCUCCCUCUACAGGGUCAGUGUGAUCUCCUGCAUGGUGCCAAGGCAGACUCUCUGGAUGCUCUGAGACAGUUGGCCCUGGCCUGUGAAGCCUGUGGCUUCACCUCUACCACCUCCUCCGGUCCCUCGGACCCCCUCUACACCCCUCACGGCAGGAGGGGCAGCACCCAUGGCAAUGGACGAAUCUGA